AACAUCUAAGCUGUUGCAGAGAGGUGGAGCCACGCAGAGUUGCAGACAGAGCAGGGGUGGUGUGGCCACAGUGCACGUAUUGCUAAUUCUAAACCUUUCUUUAGGCCACAGGGCUGUGGUAAUUAAGAUUGUACAGUUAGGUAUGGCUCUGGCUAAAAAGUAACUGUAGACUAAUGAUCUCUUAUUCAGGCAAAACGGUCUUUUUGUGUAGCUUGUUGUUUGUACUCCGCUUGUCUUUUUGUCAUGUAUUUGGCUGGACUGAGGAGGAGGAGGAGUGGCUGACUGCAAUGGAAAGGUUCCCGACCGCAUUAACAGAGGUGCAAUUUGGACCAAUGAAGUUAUUUAAAGACCCACUUCAGGUACUUUUAGUUUUUGCCAAAGAGGACAGUCAAAGUAAUGGCUUCUGUUGGGCAUGUGAGAAGGCCAACUUCAGGUGCAGCAUGGCACGAACACCAGAGUCGGCUCUUGAAUGCUUCUUGGAGAAGCAUCAUGACCUCGUCAUCAUUGACCACAGACAUUCCAGACACUUUGACGCCGAAGCACUAUGCCGGUCAAUUAGAGCGGCCAACUCUUCAGACAACACUGUGAUAGUCGCCGUUGUAAAAAGGCCAGACAGAGAGGAAGCCUCUGUGAUGCCCCUGAUCAAUGCUGGCUUUAAUAGGAGAUAUGUGGAGAAUGCCAAUAUGAUGGCCUGCUAUAAUGAGCUGCUACAGUUGGAGCAUGGAGAGGUGCGGGCUCAGUUCAAACUGAGGGCUGCAAAUGCUAUUUUCACAGCUCUAGAACAAAGCCAAGAGGCCAUAGAGAUCACUUCUGAGGAUCAAGUAAUUCAGUACGUGAAUCCUGCCUAUGAGUCCAUUAUGGGCUACCAACGAGGCGAGCUAAUAGGGAAGGAAAUAAUAGAAGUGCCUAAAAGUGAGAAGAAUAAGCCUGAUCUCCUUGAAACAAUAAAUUCCUGCAUACGGAAAGGAAAGGAGUGGCAGGGGAUUUAUUAUGCCAAAAAGAAGAAUGGAGACAGCAUUCAGCAAAAUGUGAAGAUCACACCUGUAAUUGGACAGGGAGGAAAAAUCAGACACUAUGUGUCUAUCAACUGGCCUUUAAAUGAUAAUAAUAAGAGUGAUAAAACCAGUGUGCAGGCAGAGUCUCAAACAG